UUAUGAUUUUUUUGUAUUUUUUUUUUUUUUAGUAAAGACAAUUUUUCUUUCUUGAAUAUUUUGGAAAAACUGCGGUCACGUGACGAACGGAAGACGCUGAUAUGGCGCAUGCGCAAACGGAUCGCGCUGCAAUGUAAAUUGAGCAGUAACAUUUUACCUUAAUAUAUAUUAAUAUAUUUUACUUCCUUGGUUAUAGCUCCUGUUUUAUGUUUUUUUGCGUGUUUUUUUGGUUUGGGCGUAUAUUUUUGAAUUGGGCUAUUUUCUGUGAUUUGUAGCGUUUUGACUCGACUGCGCGUUUGCUCCUAUCGGCCGCCGUAGUACGGAAUGGACCUAGUUACGUCAUAGAAGCUAACGCUAGCAAGUGCUUUAAAAUGCUAAAUGUGAAAUGUCGCUGCAGCAAAAAAAUAAAAUAAAUAAGAUAACAUCUUUGUUUGUGAAGGAGCGAUCGAUGGCGGCGGCGGCGGAUGGAAUGUGUGCGAUGUUUGUAAGAAGGAGAGCGUCGAAUGAGGAGGAACUUUCUCGAACAAAUGUCCAGCAGCUAAUUGGUCAUCGAGGACAACAUCCCCUUCAGCCAAAGGGGCGGAGCUCCACUUGGAAGCAGGAAGAUCCACAGCCCCCGCACAUUAAAGCUGAAGAAGAGGGAGAAUGUCUUCUAGAACCAGGAGACGGGGAGCUCACCAAGUUGCCACCGACUGGUUUCUCUGUGAAGCCUGAAGACAAACCAUCUGAGUCCCCACGUUGGUUGUGUCCCGCAGACCUUCAGCCACUGACUGGUGGUCCAGAACAACCUCGGGGGCGGGGCUCCUCCUUGCGACAGGAGGAUCCACAGCCCCCCCACAUUAAAGAGGAAGAGGAGGAGAUGUGGAUUUCUCAGGAGGAGGCGGAUCUCACCAAGUUGCCUCUGACUGUGAAGACUGAAGAGCGUGAAGACGGACCACAGCUUCACCAAGGUCCAGGUGAGGAGAAGAAGGGGGCGGAGCCUCCGGGCAGCAGCUCACAGCAACACCGCAUGGCGACAGAAGCUGAUGGAGGAUCACAGGCAGACUUCUUCUUAGCUCCACUGUCAGACGCCGAGGCUGAAGAUGAGGAAGACGCCCACGAAGCUUUGAGCAGCGAUACGGACUGUGGAGACGAUUUGAAACAUUCCGAAUGCUCUGAAAAGAAUCCGGGCGAGGAACAUUGGAACUGCUCAGUUUGUGCCAAAAGAUUUACUCUGAAAAGGAAUCUGACUCGACACAUGUGGACACACUCGGGAGAAAAACCCUUCAGUUGUUCAGUUUGUGGUCAGACAUUCCGCCAUAAGGUGGGAAUGAUAUCACACAUGAGGACACACUCGGGGGAAAAACCCUUCUGUUGUUCAGUUUGCGCGCAAAGAUUCGCUCAAAAGUCCAACAUGAUGUCGCACAUGAGGACGCACACAGGAGAGAAACUGUUCAGUUGCUCCGUGUGUGCCGAUACUUUCGCUCGCAGGUCCAAUCUGAAGCAACACAUGAGGAGACACACGGGAGAAAAACCUUUCGGGUGUUCAUUUUGCGGCCAGAGAUUUGUCCAAAGGUCAAAUAUGGCCGCUCACAUGAGAAAACACACGGGAGAAAAAAGCUUCCGAUGCUCAGUUUGCGGUAAAAGAUUUGGUGAAAAAGUGGACAUGGUGUCGCACAGGAGGACACACGCCGGAGAAAAGUCCUUCUGCUGUCCGGUUUGCGGCAAAAUCUUUUCUUACAAGCACUACUUGAAUCAGCACAUGUGGAAACACACGGGAGAGAAAUCAUUUUCCUGUUCACUCUGCGAUCAAAGAUUCGCCCACAAGUCCAAUAUGUUGUCGCACAUGAAAACGCACUCGGGCGAAAAACCUUUCAGCUGCUCGGUUUGCGGCGACAAGUUCACCCGGAAGUCCAACCUGGAGCGGCACACGCGGACGCACACGGGGGAGAAACCUUUCAGCUGUUCAGUUUGCGCCAAGAGGUUCGCGCAGAAAGUAGACUUGGUGUCACACGUGAGGACGCACACGGGAGAGAAACCCCUCAGAUGCUCCGUCUGCGGUAAAAGAUUCACUGACAACGCAGCCAUGGAGUCGCACACGCGAACGCACACGGGAGAAAAACCUUUUCAUUGUUCGGUCUGUAAUAAAAGUUAUUUACAUAAGAAAAGUUUGACGGCACACAUGCGGACACACGACAAAGAUUUGCUGUCCGGUUUGGGCCAAAAUAUCAUCAUAACAUAAAAAGUAAGACGUCAGCGAGCAAGUGAUGACCCACUCUGGUCUUAUUAUUAUUGCUAUAAUACUCAGAUAUUUAUUAGUCUGACCGUUAGUCAGCAACAUAAGUUAAAAACAGUUAUGGAUGGAUUUUGAUGAAACUUCAAGGAAAUGACAUAAUUUCUGCUACGUUAGCUCAUGCUUACAAACUCCUGCGUGUGUGUGCUGUAUGUCAGCGGCCCCGCCUCCACCCACAGACACAAAGAGUAUAUGACUGACAAGAGGGUUCACUCGGAUUAUUUCAUUCCACAAAGAGUGAACCCUCUCGCAGCCUGUCGGGCAGCGAUAGACGAAGAAAGCAAACGCUUACGGACGUGACCGUUUCAUUUUGUGCUGUUGGGAAUGUUUUCCCUCCUUUGGACCAAAUGGAACGCCUCAGAAAUGAGGAGCUUCGGCCUUGGUUCUGCUCAAAGAUGAAGACACUUACUGUAUCUAUGCACUCGUGCACGGGAUUAAUAUUAAUGGUGUCAUCAAGGACCAGCCCGCAGGGAGAGUGGAGGAGAAUGUGUCUGCGUCAAGUUUAGCUUUCAGUUUCGGUUCCUGCCAAGGCAGACACCUAAAUGGACAAAAGCAUGAGGGACGGGCAACCAUUUUAGAGAUGAAUCAAAACUUUAGAUAGGUUGGCUCCUUCCCUCCAGUGUUGGUGUUUUUAUUGUUUGCCCUUAGAAUAAAUUGUUAAACUUCAGGCGACUUUGAUACUGCUUUUUUGGGCAAAAUGAGUUUUUAGCUCAAUGACCACACGCAGCAUUUACUCAUAUGACCCGAUGCAAACAACCUUCCCUAGUCAUGGUGCAAUAAUUUUAAAAAAUGCAACCGGCACAAAAUAUCAACAGACAUGGUCACUGAUCUUUGUGAAUAUUAUUUUUAAAAAAGUCUAAUUGCCAUAAAAAAAAUUAAACCCAUUUAAAUCUGUCCCAGUCCACGUCCUGACAUAAAUCUAUCACAAAGCCUGAUGGGAAAUAAUCCAUGUUUUUAACGCAUUUUAGCUGCUUGAUAUUUCUGAUUGAAUACAAAACUUUUUAAGACGUUUGUCACUAAGGUAAACAAGGUAAACAUAUAUAUAUAUAUA